AUGGAGAUCUACAGGGAUCGGGCUAGAGGUAAGCUUUUCUUGACUCAUAAAAGCUAUAUUGAGAAGAUUUUGUGUAUCUUACCUCAAAUUGAGGAUGAGUUAGCUUAUAUGUCCAGAGUUCCUUAUGCCAACGCGGUUAGCUGUUUGCUGUAUGCUAUGGUCUUUGCUAGACCAGAUAUUGCGCAUGCUAUUUUUCGCUAUUUGAGAGGGACAACUGAUAUUGGUCUUGUGUGUGGGAGUGGUAAGGAGUGUUUGGUAACUGGGUAUAGUGAUUCUAAUUAUGUAGCUGAUGUGGAUACCAGUACGUCUAUGACUGGGUAUGUGUUCACUUUGGGUGGUUCCGUGGUUAGUUUUAAGUCUACAUUGCAGUCUUUGGUUACGUUGUCUACUACUGAAGCUGAGUACAUGGCUUUAACUUCUGCAGCUAAGGAGUCUAUUUGGUUCAAAGGCUUGUCUAGUGGCAUUUUCUUAGCUAGAGAUCAAGUGCACCAUGAUUGGACCAAGGACAUUGAUGUCAGGCCCUUAGGGGUGGUGUUGGGGAGCACCUAUAGUAGGCAUGUUGGCUUUGAGGUGGAGCUUGCAUGGGGCUUAUGA